AGCAUUAAUCAACCUUGGUGACUAUUGUCAUCCAUAUCCAUGAAAGUUCAUCCUGCAGACAUUUUCCACUAUAUUUAAUUGUCAGCCAUACCCAUUUCUAACAUCAAAACUUAAAAUAAAUAAACAUACAAAAACUCAAGAAGAUCAGAAGAAGAAGGAGCUACAUUAAUCACCAUUCACCAACAAGCAACUCAUCAUGGAAGGUUAAUAUAUAUCCCAUAUCUCCGGUAAAAUCACGGUACCUUAUACUUGGAUCUUCUUCCUCACUAAUUUGUAGAACUAUUAGGUGAUUGAAAGGUAUGGCCACCAAGGUAUCCAUCAUUUCAACAUGGACAGUUAAGGCUGCUGGACACCAUCCAGAUAAUUGCAAGAUAAUUGAGUUGACACCAUGGGACAUUCUUGCACUUCAAAUUGACUAUGCUCAAAGUGGACUCCUCUAUCCCAUGCCUACAAUUGAACAAGUAAGAGAUCUAUCAAAAUCAACCAAUACUAGUUCCUUAAUUGAUCAUCUUAGAGUUUCACUAGCUCGAGCUUUAGAUUUCUACCCUCCAUUCUGUGGCCGCCUUGAGACGACCACAGAGCAGAGUGGAACCACUUCUUUCUUCAUUAAUUGUAACAAUGCUGGUGUUGAAUUCAACCAUGCCAUAGCUGAUGGUGUUACAAUUCGCGACAUCAUAGAAUCAAAUUUAGUUCCUCAUGUUGUACGCGACUUCUUCUCACUAAAUGGAAUCCAAAAUCAAGAGGCUACCUCCCAGCCUUGUUUGGCUGUGCAAGUAACAGAGCUUGUGGAUGGCAUUUUCAUUGGGUGCACAACCAAUCAUGUCGUAGCAGACGGAACUUCUCAUUGGAAUUUUUACAAUUCUUGGGCUGAGUUAUCUCGCGGUUUUAAUGUCAUCUCAAAAAUUCCCUUUUUGAAACGUGAAUUCCCUUUCAAAAUUGAUCAUCUCUCUAAUCGCAUUUCUAUACCGAAUGAAAGAAUCAAUACAGGUGACAAAUUCAAACCACCAGCAGUACAAAUGCUGCGAGAAAGGGUGUUUCAUCUUACCAAAGAAAAUGUCUCCAAGCUAAAAGCAAAGGCCAAUCUUGAAAUGAACACCACCAAGAUUUCUUCUCUUCAAGCUGUGUUGGCUCACGUUUGGGUAUCCGUGAUACGUAAUCGUAGUCUCGAUCACAACCAAGAAACUACUUUUGAGGUAUCCAUUAACAUGAGGGAAAGACUAAAUCCCCCAUUAACUGAAGGGUACUUUGGUAAUGCAAUUUACCCUGUUACCAUAACGAUCAAGACGGGAGAACUGCUCGAGCACGGAUUGGGAUGGGCUGCUUUACAAAUUAAUGAGACGAUUGCUUCCCAUGACCAUGAAAAGUUGAAGUGCAUAUACGAGAAUUGGAUGAACGACCCUGAGGUACAAAAAUUGGGCGAUUUGCCAAGCAAUUACUUUAUGCUGCACAACUCCCCACGAUUCGAUUUUUAUAAGUAUGAUUUUGGCUGGGGAAAGCCGAUUGCACAUAGAAGUGGCGUGGGAAACAUGUUAGAUGGAAAAAUAACAGUGUCACCUGGACUAAAAGAAGGGAGCAUAAUUCUUGAGAUUUGCCUUUCUUCAGAGACAAUACAAGCAUUGGAGGAAGACAUAAUAUUUAGGGAGUUUGUCAACAGUACACCAAUUGUUGGUGUGGAACGAACAAUUCGAGCUCGUAUUUAAAUGUUUUUAAUGGCAAUUCUAGUUAGAUUAUUUAUGUGCAUGAAUAAGGAGAGAAUGUAGUGUCUAAAUAAGCUAAGCUUCUUUAUCAA